AUGUCUCAAAGAAUUGGAAACUCAGCUGUAGCAUUGACUAGAGUGUGGCACCAUGUAGACGUAGCCUCAGAUCCAAGAACUUUGGGUCGUUUAGCAUCCAGUAUUGCAAUCACCUUGCAGGGAAAACACAAGCCAACAUUCUCGCCUAAUAGAGAUCAUGGAGACUAUGUAGUGGUCACAAACUGUGCACACUUAAAAGUUACAGGUAACAAAUUACAAGACAAAACAUAUUGGUCUCACACCACCCGUCCUGGUUCCUUAAAGGUGAUUCCUAUGGAAACUAUGAUCGCCAAUAAAGGAUAUGGAGAAGUAUUGAGAAGAGCUGUUAAAGGUAUGAUACCAAAAAACAAGUUGAAGUGGGCACGUUUAGAUAGAUUAAAGCUUUACGAUGGUGAUGAACAUCCUUACAAGGAAAACCUCAUAGCUUUUGCAGACGAAACUGCUGAAAUGAAGGCCAAGCUAGCUGAGUUGAAUAGAAAGGAAGCUGAGAUGGAAAUUCUUCGUAACAAGUACUUGUCAUCCUGA